CAUAGUCAAACGAACACAUCUUCAAUCAACUACAAACAGAUCAAAUCAACAAUGCGUGCCUUCGUAGUUUUGUGCUUGGUGGCUGUUGCCUGUGCCGAUAAAUUGGGUUAUAACUAUCAACCUGUUCGUCACUCUUCAUCCGGAUUAUCUUUCCAACCUGGUUCUGUCGGCAAUGUAGCUACCACAUAUACUGGUGGUGUUGUUUCCUACGGAGGUCAACAAGUCUCCGUUGCUCCCAGAUACACUGGUGGUGUCAGUUCUUAUGAAGGUCAAGGCUCUGUUGGUACUCCCUCAUUCGUCCCACAAGCUGAACUCGAAAAGGAAUUCUACACUUACACCGCCAACGAUGCCGAUUUCAAUGAACCCGCCGGCUCUGAACAAUUGGCUAACUCUUUGAAGAAGGGUCUCCGUGUUGUCUUCAUCAAGGGCCCCGAAAACAAUGGUUUGGAAGAAGCUGCUUUGGCUUUGGCCAAACAAGCUACCCAACAAGAAACCGCCAUCUAUGUUCUCAACAAACAAGCCGAUCUUUCCAGUUUGGCCAACAAACUUAACACCAUCAACACCGGCAACAACAACAAACCCGAAGUUCACUUUGUCAAAUACCGUACUCCUGAAGAUGCUGCCAACGCUCAACGUGCUAUCCAAGGUCAAUACGAUAAUUUGGGUGGUCGUUCUCACAGCAUCAACGGUGGUGUUGCUCCCGUCAUCAACUUUGCGUCACAGGCUCCCGUUGCCCCUGCUCCUGCUACUUCUGCUCCUGGUCCUAGCUACUUGCCUGCAUCUAUUUUCCGUCAUUAG